CAACAAAUUCAAAAUCUGCAGAAGAUGAUUGGGAAAAGGUGGUAAAAAAGAAAGUAGAUUUUGAUAAUACAUAUGAAGGUAAUCAGGACAAAGAAAUGAAACAGUUCAACAUUAAAGAAGCAAAAGGUAAGCGGGCAGCUGCUCGUGAACUAGCGAAUCAAAGAGCAGCUGAAAGAGAAGAAGAGGUAAAAAAUAUGAGGGAGAGACGACAGAAGGAGGAAGAAUUUAAUGACGAGAUGGUCUGGAAUAUACAAACGCCCUUUUCUGUUACACAGAAAAGUAAAGACGAAUCCAAAGUAAAAGAUUCUAAUGUAAAUGGUACUAAGAACAUUGAGGAAGAAUCAAAGUGGGAGGAGGCAACGUGGGAGGAAGCAAAGUGGGAGGAAGCUGUUCAAAAGAAGGAAGAGCAUGAAAAAGAUGACAAACAUGAAAAAACAGCUCAAAUUGAGCAGGAUGGUAAAGAGCAUGGUGAAGGUACAUUAACAUGCCGUGCAUCAACAAGCAGCUUUGAAUCACAUUCAGAAGCAGAAGAAAGAGAUAUGCGGAAAUCUAUAGAUGAUAAACGGAGAAAGGGAAAUCGGCAUGGGAAGAGAAAACGCUCCCAUUUGUCAAACACGUCAGGGAGCGGUCCUGAUUCUUCUGCAGAGGAAGGGGAAGUAAAAAGUGAUAAUGACUCUAAAAGCCGAAAAACAAGUAAAAAGAAAACUAAAAAAUCAAAACACAAUCGUGAUCGAGAUACACGUAAUGUUGUAGUAAAUGACCAUCAACCCAUAUCAGACCUUCCAAAGAUUCCAAAGUUGAAACAUGAUUCUCGAAGAGUUGAAGAUCGUGAAAGAUAUGAGCGUGGAAGUGGCUACAAUGACUUGCGACAUGUGAUACAAGUGAAGCGUAGCUAUGAAAAUCCCCGUUAUGAAAUGUACUGGGAUGAAUAUAGUCGUAGGUGGGUUGAGUAUCGACCAGAUUGGACUGCUGCUUGGGAGCAGCAUCGGACAUAUGAACAACAACUGUACGCUGCAGAUUGGGGGCGCCAAAACAGUGGCAACUCUCAUCGCUAUUUAAAGGAACGUUCAUGGGAAAAUUUUACUGUUAAACGUGAACGUUCACCAAUUUUUGACCGGAGGAAGAGUAGAGAACGCAGUACCCUGGAUAAACGGGAUAUUGGAUGGGAAGCAACUAUUGAAAGGGAUAGAAGGAAUCGAGAUACGCGAGAUAAAGACAGAAAAGAAAGCAGACAAGAUCGUAAACGAGAUAGCCAUACAACCACUAGGAGUAAUUCAUCAGGGACUGACUCACAACGUAGGGAAAGAUCACAAGAUAAAAGUAGAGAUAAAGAUCGCAAAGAAAAAUCUAAAAAUGACAAUCAGAGUAAUGAAAAGAAUUUUGUGAGAAGUAGUCGUACAAAUGGACGUGAUAAACAUGGUAGAUUUAAUGAAACCUCUGAAAAGCAGAAACCUGAUAACCUUGGAAACAAAUCCAAAGAGAGGAAAUCAAGAGACUCUGUAAAAUCUGAAAAGACUGCAACUGGUGGAAAAAUUGUUGAAAAAAAUGAUAGAUUAAAAAAAGGUGCUGAAAACAGGAAAACUGAGGAAAAGGGUAAGGAAAGAACAAAGGAGAACAUAGACUUGAUAGCGAAAAGUAAUAAAAUAGACUAUCUAGAAAAAAAGAAAAAGAAAAAGGAAAAACCAGUGAAGGUCAAAGGCAAGAAAGAAAAAAAAGAAAAGGAGAAAAAGGUAAAGAAAAAGAAAGAUGAACUCAUUAUAUUGCCAGAUGUUAAAGAAACAUUAAGGAUAGAAAAAGAGGAGGAUCUUGAAAAGAAACUAAUAAUUGAUAAACCUCGAACAAAUGAUACCUCAGAAAAGCAUGAGGAAACUAGUAUGAACGCUAUAAUUGAUCCUCCUUGCAAACACACAGAUGUGAAAUCAGGACCAGCUGAAAUUAAAGAUGUUGUAUCUUCAUUGAAAAAUAUUGUUAAAAAAUCAAAUGACAAAACAAGUAAUUCUCCAAGAAUCUCUACACAUACAACUGAAUUAGAAAAAAGGACCAAAGAACCAAUAAUAGCGUUUCAACAAGCAGUUAAAGUUGAUGAACCCUAUGACCCAUUUGAACCAACUGCAUCACCAUCAAUAUCUAACUCAUCGCCAUGUUCGCCAUUCCAAGCCCUUUCUCCACCACCGAGUUCAAAAAGAAAAUUAAGCUCUGACUUGGAUUCUUUGAAUAAUUCUACAGAUAGUGCAUUUGGAGGUUUAAAACACCCAAAAAUUGAAAAUGUUAAGCCACUUCCAGAUGUAAAGAUUAGCAAACCCUUGACAAAACCUUUUAAUGAUAUAUUACCACAGCUUGCUACACAGGAUGGAUCCAAACUGAACCAGCUGAUUGACAAGUUUGUAAAUAAAUCUGGGAAGGCAACAUUAGACUCGAAAGAAACUGAUGCUGAAAAGGCUUUGCCUGGAUCCAGCAAAUUUGCUACCAGUGCAAAGAAGUCCAUCAUAUUUAAUGCCCCCUCCCCAAAUGAGUCGGACAGUGAGUUUGACUUUAAUAACGAUGAUGAGGAAAUUGAGUCGUCUGCAGUUGAACUUCAGAACAAGAAUUCUAGGGAGAGGCAGUAUUUGAAAAAACUGCAUCAUCAAGAACGUGUUGUUGAAGAGGUAAAGCUGGCAAUCAAACCUUACUACCAGAGGAAAGAAAUUGAUAAACACGACUACAAAGAAAUUCUAAAAAGAUCAGUCAAUCAGGUUUGUCACAGUAAAAGUGGCGAGAUUAAUCCGGUGAAAAUUCGUAAAUUAAUUGAUGGAUAUGUUAAGAAGUUUCAACUAAAGAAGAAACAUGUGGAAAAAGGAGGUAAAGAGAAGAAAAAGCCAAGUUCAUUGACUGAACUGAAAAAAAAGCGGUGAAAAAAUUAGGUUUGGUGAAUUUUAAUGUCACCAUCUGUAUACUGAUAGACAGUGAUGAAGUUGAUGGAACUUUGAUGGUCAUCAUGCUACUGAAUUAAGAAAUUGGUUUGGAGAACUUGAGUCUCGCUGUGCUAACUAGAAGUACAAACCAGAGGUUUUUGUAUGUCAUAAAUUGUAAAGACAAUUUUUUAUUGGUUCCCUUACAUUUCCAUCUUGUAGCUGAAGAAUUUGCUGGUCUGAUACUGGUAGACAAACAAGUAGGUGUUCUAAGAACCCAAACUUGUCUUGCACAUAUGUGUAAAUAUAAUAUUAAUAAGGAAUAUUUAAAAAAAAAAAAUCAUCUUCCCACAUUAAGAUGAUUUUAAUAAUAAUAUGCGUGCUUCUCAUGUAAAGCAAUUAUGGAAUUAGAAAUUGUUGAAAGUGUUAUGAUUAUUAUGACAAUAAUGUUCAAAACAUGCCAUAAUCCCCAAGUUGAAUGGAACAAAGUACAGUAUGGUGUCUUAUAGAUUUACUGUAUACCGUAAAACCUCGAAUUGAAGCCCAGUGGCCUUAAUCUCGAGAUGAAGCCCAUCUCAAAUUGAAGCACACUCUUGUUUAGUUUGCAAAAUUAGGCUCGAAAAGAAGCCCAUGAGCUUCUUU